UAUUUGAUGGGCUUGAAUUGCGGUGAGUGACCGACAGUUGGAUUGUAGUGGAAAAGAUGAAAUGAGAGAAUUAUUAUGUGUCUAUAAUAAUAGUUAUUGAAAGUUGUGAGGAAGGAGGAGGAUGGUGUCCCCGAUGUCAACGGUUCUGGUGACGGGAGGGGCAGGCUUCAUCGGAUCCCACACGGUGCUUCAGCUUCUGAAGCAGGGCUUCAGGGUUUCCAUCAUCGACAACCUUGACAAUUCCCUCAUCGAAGCCGUUCACAGGGUUCGCCGCCUGGUCGGUCCUCAUCUUUCCAACAACCUCACCUUCUUCCACGGAGAUCUCCGCAAUGUUCAGGAUUUGGAGGCAGUGUUCUCGAAAAGCAAGUUUGAUGCGGUGAUCCACUUUGCUGGGCUGAAAGGUGUCGGCGAAAGCGUUGCAAAGCCCCGGCGUUAUUACGACAACAAUCUAGUGGGGACUAUAAACCUUUUUGAAGCAAUGGCUAAAUACAAGUGUAAAAAAAUGGUUAUAUCAUCAUCGGCAACUGUUUAUGGGGAAGCUGAUAGAGUCCCAUGUGUGGAGGAGGAGGUGCAUUUGCAGGCCAUGAAUCCGUAUGGAAGAACAAAGCUGUUCGUAGAAGAAAUAGCCAGAGACAUCCAGAGGGCGGAGACAGAAUGGAGGAUCAUUCUGCUUCGAUACUUCAAUCCGGUUGGUGCCCACGAGAGUGGACAGAUUGGGGAAGAUCCAAGGGGAAUCCCCAAUAACCUCAUGCCUUACAUUCACCAAGUCGCCGUUGGCAGAUUGCCUCAGCUCAAUGUUUAUGGUCAUGACUAUCCCACUAAAGAUGGCACCCCGAUCCGGGACUAUAUCCAUGUAAUGGACUUGGCAGAUGGCCACAUUGCUGCCCUCCGAAAGCUUUUUGCAACAGACCACAUCGGUUGUAGUGCCUACAAUCUUGGAACUGGGCGUGGCACAUCCGUGCUUGAAAUGGUUGCUGCCUUUGAAAAAGCUUCCGGCAAGAAAAUUCCAUUAAAAAUGUGUCCCAGAAGACCCGGGGAUGCUACUGCUGUAUAUGCAUCUACGGACAAGGCUGAGAAAGAACUUGGUUGGAAGGCAAAAUACGGUAUAGAGGAAAUGUGCAGGGAUUUGUGGAAUUGGACAAGCAAAAAUCCAUGGGGAUACCAGGGGAAGCAUUAAAUGAAAUUGGGUUGUACUUGGAGGAGGUCUUCCUCCACCAUAUCAUAUCAUCUCCACUCCAGAUAUAAUAUGUUGAUGUUUCUUUUGUUGAUACAAUUGAUUGAUUGAUUCUUUACACUACGUAUGUUGUUGGCCUAAAUAAUUGUCUGAUUAUAAUUUUUUAUAUUGUAGAAAGGACCACUUUGAUGAGUCAUAUAUGAGAAUUAAUUUAAAUGAUUUCCCACGAAA